AUGGCCGAGGGGGCAGCCAAGAGAAGUGCCUCCCCCACGCAAGCCAUCUCUCCGCCACCAUUGCGCCGGAAAGUUGAGACAACGGUAACCAAGAAAUCCGUGGCAAAUUUCUUCACUCCGGCCUCGCAAAAGAAGCCCGGGCCGAUCACAUGGCGCGUCAUCGGCACAAGUGUUAUCAUCGGAAAGCAGAUAACGGGCAAGGCAGUCCCUCCCACCGAGAAACAGCGCCGAAUCGCUGGCUUUGAUCUGGAUUCAACCUUGAUCAAAACCAAAUCGGGUAAUGUCUUUCCCAAGUCUGCCACUGAUUGGCAAUGGUGGAACGCCAAAGUCCCGGGGCGACUAAAGGAGCUCAAUGCGGAAGGCUUCCAAGUUGUGAUUUUCUCCAACCAAAAGAAGAUCAGUGUCCAGAAAGAUAUCAAGGGUGGACGGAGUGACUCAAAAAGUCUGUCGAACUUCAAGGAAAAGAUGACCGCUGUCAUGACGGAACUGGAUUUCCCUGUCAGUGUCUACGCAGCCACCGCAGACCCUGAAUAUAGAAAACCCCGUACCGGGAUGUGGCGCGAGUUCCUGGAUGACUAUGAUCUUGAUGUUGCGGGUGUCAACCUGCCCGCAUCGGUUUUUGUCGGUGAUGCGGCUGGAAGGCCAGGAGAUCAUUCAGCUGUGGAUCGGGGACUUGCUACCAAUAUCGGUAUGCCAUUCAAGACCCCGGAAGAGUUUUUCCUUGGGCAGAUCACGGAGCCGGGGACGAUGGGCUUUGACCCUAUGUCCUUCGUAAAGACGGAUCUUGAAGAGCCCGGUGCCGGAAAGUCCACUUUCUACUGGAAUCACCUGGAGCCUCUAGGCUAUGAACGAGUCAAUCAAGAUCUUCUCAAGACGGUGCGCACCAUAAUUAACCCCGAAAUGAACCUAAAAUCGAAUGCUGAUGAACAACAGCGUCCGAAAUGUCUCAAGGUCGCCCGCGAGCACCUAGAAGCCAAGAAGUCCGUGGCAGUCGAUAAUACCAAUGCCGACCCAGAAACACGAGCUUACUGGACGUCUCUCGCAAAAGAGUUCAACAUUCCUAUCCGUUGCGUACAAUUUAUCUCAACCCCCGACCUAUGCCGACACAACAACGCCGUCCGAGCAUCCAACAAAGAACUGAACCCCGAAUCCCGAACCUCCCUUCCCGGAAUUGCAUUCGGCGACUUCGGCCGCCGCUUCCGCGCACCAACGCUGGAGGAAGGCUUUGAUGAUAUUAUCCCUGUCGAGUUUCAGUUCCACGGCAGCGAAGAGGCGAAGGGGCUUUGGGGCCAGUACUGGGUUUAA